UUUCCAAGAGUUUUCUGGAACGAAACGAAAAGUGUUAUCCUUCCAACAUCUCUAAAGAAAUUAUUGAAUCUGUUGAAUUCGCUUUCGACACGAUUCAAUGUUGGAUUGAAAAAGUAAAAGAACAUUUGGAAAAACAAAUGAUAAAAGAUGAAAAGCCUUCGGAAGAACUAUUGUAUGAAAAUAUUGAAGAAUCAGAAGUUAAUUCUUCUGAAGAACAAACUAACUUAUCAACAGAAAAUGAUGAGCCUUUAGAUCAGUAUCUGGAUACAUCAUUACAACGCAAUAGACGGUCAUAUAAAUGCCCAAAAUGUUUCAAAUACUAUACAAGAGGCGAGCUAAGGUAUCAUUUGAAUGUUCACAAUAACAUUCGUCCUUUUAAGUGUGUCAAAGAUGGAUGUUCCUCAACUUUUUCGAGUCCUCGUAUUAUGAGAGUGCAUGCUAAACGAUUUCAUCAGCUAAAAGUUGAGGCUGAAAAGUCAACGUAUUCUCGUCGAUGCAUCAGAGAUCAACGAUAUCGUGAAAUGGACGAUACAUGCUCGGAUGAGAAGCAAGAGAAGACUAAAAUUAAUGUUAUUUGUUCAAUUUGUGGAAAAGAAGUACGCAAAAAACACUUUUCAACACAUUAUCGCACACAUUAUGCGGAAAAGUACGAAAAGUAUCCAUGUCCAUAUAAAAGCAUAAAUGGAUGUGAUGAACGAUUCAAAAAGCGUCAUUUACUCACAAUGCAUAUCCAAAGAAAUCACGACUCUUCUUAUUUGCCUGAACUUGGACCAGCUGAUCGGAUUUGCGAACUUUGUGGAAAGUGUUUCAGCAAAGCAACCAUAAAGUAUCAUAUGAAUGUUCAUUUUAAUCUUACUCCAUAUUCUUGUGACUAUGAAGGAUGCAAAGAAUCAUUUAAAGAUCCAACAUUAUUGCGUCAACACAAACGAUCUUUCCAUUUGGGUAUAAAGACUUGGCGAUGCAGAUAUUGCCCGAAGAAAAUAUUAUCGCAAAAGGAAUACGAGGAACAUAAAACAGAAAAUUGUGGUAUUAAGAGUGUUCCGUGUCAUAUUUGCGGUAAAGUUAUCAACAAGAUGAAUGUUAAGUGUCAUUUGGCAAUUCACAAGGGCGAGAGAAACUUUAUUUGUUCCAUUGAGGGGUGCGGAAAGGCAUUUUUACUGAAAAACAAAUUGCAACAGCAUAGCAAGAGUCAUUCGACAGAACUGAAAUUCGAAUGUAAACUAUGCAAAUCUGCAUUUAAAGUUAAACAAUCGCUAACGACACAUAUAGCCAAAAAACAUCCGAAUGCAUCAGAAAAUGAUUACUAUAAGGAUUCAUAAUAAAGAUUUUA